AUGCCCUUCCCAAAGCUUCCCCCAAGAGUCGCCUACAUCCGUCUCUCAAACCCCACCAAGCGCAACGCCCUCAGCAUCCCUGUGCUCCAAGAUCUCAAAUCCCAGAUCGACAGCGCCCUCACGUCACGAGCUACCUCCCGAACCCGUCAGCUCCCCAGAUUCAAGUCCAUAUAUCUCGACCAACUCGAAAAAGCCUCCAAAAAUCCAACCUCCACGGUAUGGGACCGUUGGGGCUGGCUCGUCAGCGCAUCUGAAUGGAAGAAAGAACGUGCCGGUCUACCUGAUGUUCUGGUCCUCAGAAGCGAAGGGCCUGUAUUCUCAUCGGGCCACGAUCUGAAAGAACUGUCGCGGAUGAGUCGGGAUGAUGUAAAGACUCUGUUUCAACUUUGUAGCGAGGUCAUGAUGUCCAUUCGGAGGAGCCCUGUGCCGGUUGUUUGUCCAAUUCAAGGGCUUGCAACAGCCGCUGGAUUUCAACUUGCCAUGAGCACCGACUUUCCUAUCGCUCUACCAGAUACCCAGUUUUCUCUCCCAGGAGCAAAGAUUGGAUUGCCAUGCACCAGUCCUUCAACAGCAAUUUCACGACGUUUUCCCCCAGGAGCGACAUAUCGACUCCUCGCGACGGCAGAACCAAUCAAAGCAUCAGAUUACCCAGGCGCAGUCGACGUCGUCAAAGUUCUACCAGAUGAAGACCCCGAGGAGGCUCUUGAGAAACGUGUAGCAGCUGUUGUCGAACGGUUGGCUUCAAUGUCGCCUCAGCAACAGGCUAUAGGAAAAUGGGCGUACUGGACGCAGUUUGGACUUGGAACAACGCAUAGUGAUGGAUACGAGCAGGCUUCUCACUGGGCGGCUAGGGUUAUGGCGUUGCAUGCGAAGAGUGAGGAUGCUAAGGAGGGUAUUGCUGCGUUUUUGGAGAAGAGGGAGGCGGUCUGGGUAAGCAAGGGUGAUCCUGAGGAACCGAAGAAGGCGGCGACUGAAGUUGAUGCGCCUGAAGCUCAGGCCCAGAAUGAUGCUCUUUCGAGUGAGACUGGUGCCUCUGCAGCUGCGCUCGAUGUCGAUGCUCCUGCAACUGAAGUCGCCGAUCCUGCGACUGAGACUGAGACAGAUGGUCCCACCACGACAACUCGUAGCUAA